GAGCUCAGAUCUAUUCAAUUCAUUCAAGUUCAUCAAGUUGUUACUAAAAUAGUUUACUUUUGAUUUAUUAACAUUGACUAACUAAUUUGAAAGCUAUUACAAUGAAAAAUACGAUCGGACUCAUCUUUUUAUUUGCCGUGAUCAAUGCAUCAUACUCCGCAUCCCUACGAGAGUUGGCCUUCAUGAAAAGUCUUUACGCUCGUGAAGAUAUGCCGAAGCCGAUACUAACUUCUAUGGUAAAUCGACGAAUCGAUCAAGUCAGGACUUUAUACGAAGGAAAAUCGAUUCUUGAAGAUGCAAAAAUCUUUUGCAAUUCAACUGAACAAUCGUUACGCUUACUUUUGGAAUCAAUGGAUUCAAAUGACACUCGAAUCAGUGAUCUUUCUGAAUCUUACUCACAUAUUGUGCGACUUAUAAACGAUGUUAACAGUGCCAUGGGAAUCCAUAAUGGUGAUUAUUUGACUAUGGAUUCGCGCUAUAGUUUCUCGAGAGAUAACCUACAAGCUAUGAUGGAUGCUUAUAUUGGUGACAUUGAGAUGGUUCGUAUGUGUGAAGUAUCUUUAGGACGUCCAAAUCGAGUUGAUAUGAAGAUCGUUGAUCGUCUAAAAUCAUUGUCCAAUGAAAUGCGAAAUUAUCAUUUUUCUAAGGACGACGGAUUCUUUACUGAGGUGAGCAGUAUUUCGCGAAAAACAAUGGAUCAGUGUUUGUGGCGAUUUGAAUUCUUGUUGAAUAAAUUGACAGCAACCUUCAUCAAUUUGAAGGAAUAAUUUUGGAGUUUUCACUAUCUAUUAAUAUUGAAUAAAAAUUGAAGCAUUAAAUAAAA